UUACAUCCGAUACCAGUUCAAGGUGACCCAUUUUCCAUGGUUGGAUUAGAUCUUGUAGGACCUCUCCAGGAAACAAAAAAGGGGAACAAGUAUAUUGCAGUUCUGACAGAUUACCUGACCAAGUACGUUGAAGUGAAAGCCCUGCCCUCCAAAAAUGCAGAAGAAAUUUGUGAGUUCAUCAUAGAGGUGGUUUGCCGACAUGGUUGCAUCAAGACCCUAAUCACUGACCAAGGAAGAGAAUUUUGUAAUGCUUUGAAUGAAGAGUUAUGCCAGAUGUUAGGGAUUGAGCAUCGUGUAUCAGCACCAUAUCAUCCACAAACAAAUGGACUUACAGAACGCUUCAACCAGACUCUCUGUUCUGCACUUGCCAAAUAUGUGAAUGAAAAGCAAGAUGACUGGGACCGAUACCUACAUCAAGUUGCCUUUGCUGCCCGCACUUGUCAACAGAAAUCAACAAAAGAGACACCAUUCUACCUACUCUAUGGAAGAAAAGCAGUUCUGCCAGUUCAAGUGGAUAUUCCAACAUCAGUGCCAAAUACAGAGAUGUCCCUUAAAGAUGAUGAGUUUGCUGAAAUCUACAAUGACAGAGUGACUUCCUUUGUAGAGCUUAUUAAGGCCAGGGAAAAUGCCAAAGAAAGCAUCAGCAAAGAACAGAAGAAGCAGAAGAUUUAUUAUGAUAAGAGACAUGGAUCAAACCACAGCCUUCAACCUGGCCAAAAAGUUCUCCUCAAGAAUGCAAAGCGAAUCAACAGAAAAGGUGACAAAAUGGCUCACAGAUGGAUUGGACCAUAUACCAUCUCAACAUGUGUAGGGAAAGGUGUUUUUAAGCUUGUGGAAAGAAGAGGAGUUGUGAACAUUAAGAGCAUCAAGCCUUAUCAACAAAAUCUGCAAAAGACAAUGGAGAAACCUAAUGGUAAACAUGUUGAGAAAAUCCAGGCCAUGCAGUCCAGAGGAAAGCAGUCCUCCUUGAAAAAUUGUGGACUUGAGAGACGUCGCAAUAAAAUGAGUUCAACCAUUGCAGCAACAGGUAGAUUGAGGCCAAUUCUUCCCAGACGAUCAAAGGCUGCAAGUGCCACAGAUAACAAGACUGCUGUUGAUCAACACAGGCACAAGAAUGUGGGUGGAAAGUCCAAAAACUCAAAAUUAAAAGAACUUCCAAACAGAAGAAAGUCCAACACUACAAAACCUUCUCCCAUCCCAGCCAUGAGACCAUUUCUAAGGACUUCUGCGAUACCUAAUGUUCAUGAAGACAGGCAGAAAAGACCACAGAAAAGAAAAAGAUCAGCUCCAGUUGAAGAAACCCUCCCUAAGCGAAGAAGAGUUGCCAAACAUUUGAAAACCUACAAAGAAGAAGAUAUUAUGGAUGUCAUAAACAGAUGCAUGAGUUUGAACUUCUGCCCAGCAAGAACUAUGUCUGCCAUGUCACUUGCACAGAAACAUUGCCCUAUGAUGUCAUUUUACCUGGACAGCCAAAGAGACAAUGAUGAUGAACUGGACCUCUGUAUGCAAGACCUUCUACGUAUUGUUCAGUCAAAGAAAAGACAGUCUUUAGCAGACCCAUCGCAGAUAGUUCCAGGUCUAAUGCUUGCCUCUGCUUUAUUUGUUGAGUCGGAAAAACAUGCCACAGAAGCUGCCAAAUUGAUUCAAACUUUUGAAAAAGUUCCCUUAGCUGAGCCAGUUCCCUCCAUUAUGAAGACAAGAGAAGAUAUCCAUCGCUAUAGGGUUGGUGGCAUUGUUUUGAAAGAAGAGGAUUUCAGCACUCUGGAUUCUCAGAACUGGGUGAAUGACAAGAUUAUCCAUUCCUAUCUGGGGUUGCUGACAUGGCAAACAAAUUUAAGAGAGGCACAUGCAGCAUAUGUUCUUCCUUGUUUUCUGGCAGCAAAGUGGGAAAGUGGAGAUUAUUCAUCGUGGAUGUUUGAAAAGGUUCCCCUUCAUUUAUAUGAAGUACUCCUUUUGCCUGUAUGCUACCAGAACCAUUGGUUCUUGAUGGUUGGCUACCCAAAAUUUGAAACCAUCAUGGUUUUGGAUUCCUUACCAAACAAGCAGAGAGAGGAACGCUACAUAAGUCACUGGAGGCAUUUCAUGGAAGCUCGUUUCGAUGUUGACCCAGAAACACCACUGACAUGGACCCAUACCCCCAACACUUCAUCAUCUCAGAGGUAUGGCAACUCAUGUGGGGUUUUUGUCCUAAUGAAUGCUGCAGCUGUGUUGAGAAAAAUGCCUCCCCAAAUUAUGCGCCAGUGCCAUGCUAUGGACUACAGGGUGUAUGUGACAAAGAUACUUCUUGGGAAAGGCAGAGAGGACAGCAAAGGCCUUGCUUGCGACCUACCAUUCUGCGCAUCCAACUACAAACGACAAGUUCAGUGUGGAAAGUGUUUGCGUUGGUGCCACCAUGCCUGCCUUGGUAUUUCUCAGAAGGACACUGUGACACAUUGUAUUUUUUGUGUUUGAUGAUUAAUGAUGAAUCUGUCUGUUUGUUAUUUAGUUUGUUGUAUUUGAAGUUAUAGUGUUUAUGAUAUAAACAUAAUAUAACUAACUGUUUUUCUCGUGAUUCUUUUGUACUCAAAUUCAGCAUGCAUUCAUUUCAAAUAAGAGGAAGAUUCAAUGUUUUGUAACCAUAAGGCAAAAAUAAAAUUAUCAUUUGUUUGGAAUUGCCUCCCACCUUUUUAAAAUACCCAUUACUGAUAAAAUUAUAUUUGCAAACAAUGAAAAAUAACUUUUUUUAAUGUGGAGAUUUUUAUUUUUACCA